AUGCCGUGGAGAAACCCUGAAAAGCCCACUCGCGUCUUCAAAGACUGUCGGGACGAGCGCAGAUGGUGGGACCGCAGCGCCUAUAAACUGCCGUUCAGAAAAUUCAAGGGUCUAGAUGAGACAGCACUUUGGGGCCCUCUGUACCAGCGCUUCAACACGACUCCCAUGCCGAUCCUCGACAUGGAAGCUUGGCAUGCGGACGUGGUUGAACUCAUGCGAAAGUCUGCCACUGUUCAAGAUCUAUACAAGCACAUGGAAGAACGCAAGAAGAAGAGGUUUGAUGAACUCGUUACUGCCAUCAACGACAUGGACGGGGGUGUUGAGUGGUUUUGCCAGCCACGCAGCGAGGAUCUCAAAUCGCUGGGCAUGUCGCUCUUUCACCUGUGGAGGGAUCCAUCCCUUUUUGAGACGGCAAGGGUAUUUCAGACGAUGACGGAAAUCAAGGAGCAGGCGAGGCAAGAAUGCAGGCGUGCCGACCAGAUCCGCGCAAGCGAGGACUACAUGGGCGACGGGAAGAGAAAACGCAGUCAUCAAGAGCAAGACGCUGAGAAUGGCUUCAAAAGGAAGCGAAGGGCUACAACGCCGUCAGCAAGCCCGUCUGAAACGCCAAAAGUUCUUGAAGCCUCCUCAUCAACAGGGUCCCCAAACAGCAACGCCGGGAGCACUUCGAUCAACGACGGUGCUCUCAAUGCAGGCAGCAGCCGAAAGAGAAAGCGCGAUUCUCAUGAUUCAGAGGCCCAAAGUGGCCGCGAGGUGAAGCGGCGAGCUGGACCACCGCGAACAAGUCCGGAAAAGGCAACAAGCCAUAGAGCUUCCCCCGCAAUAUCUACGAGCAGCGACGCGGGUUACGUUUCAAACAUUGAAAGCGACUCCAAUACGACAAGGAGCCGAAAGAGAAAGCGCGAUCCUCAGGAUUCAGAGGCCGAAAGUGGCCGCGAGGAGAAGCGACGGGCGGUGAUAUCGCUAGCAAGUCCGCUUAAAGAGCCAGCAAGCCUGCGAGUUUCCUCAUCCGCAACACCUUUCACUAGCGACGAGGGUUAUGAUGCAGACGAUCAGAGCAAUUUCCAUGCGAGAAUCAGCAGCAAGAGAAAGCUCAUUGACCGAAAACUCAAUAAUCGAAAGCGCGAUAAUCGAAAGCGCAAUAAUCAGGAUUCAGAGGCACAAGGUGGCAAACAGGAGACGCUCCUAUCCGUUCCACGGCCAGAAAGUCUACCUGAAGGGACAACAAACCCUGGAGCAUCCUCAUCCGCAAUAUCUACCAGUAGCGACGAGGAUUAUAAUUCAGACGACCACGGCAGUUUCAAUGGCAAGAUCAGCGGCGAAAUGAAGCUCUUUGAUCGAAAGCACAAAACUCGAAAACGUAGUCAUCGGCAUUUAGACGCCGAAAGUGGCCACGAGGAGGAGCUCCCAGCUGUUUCACCGCGAGCAAGCCCGUCUGAAGAACCGAUCAACUCGGAUGCUCUCUCAUCCAUAAUAUCUACCAGCAGCGGCGAGGAUGAUGACUCGUCAGAUAGCGACGACAACGGCAAUGCGAAUGUAAUUGGCAAGUGGAAAACACGAGGUGGUUACCCGACACCUCCGAGUCGGGUUUCAAGCCAGGCGAGCGGACACGCACCAUAUGAAGAUGAUUUCAGCGGGAAAGGUUUCAGCCGACCUGCGCGUAUUUAUUACGAGGAACUCGGCUGGGUUCGGGAUAACGGGCCAGCGGACAAGGAGCUCUGUAGUCAUGGGCAUGAGGAGACGCAGUCGACGGAGCCGCUCAAUAGCGGCAAAGGGAGGCGUAAUAUUGAAGAGCGGCUCUAG